UUUCCCUCUACAACCCCGCCACCACGAAUCAUUUCGCACGUUAAAAAAUGGCGGACUGCACGGAGAGCACGGAGGAGUCCAACAGGCCCAGGCCGCCGAUAAUCAUGAAGUUCGACGCACCGGAAGAGGCCAGUGAGAACUCAGCCAACGACGAAGCUGAGGGACAAUCAGGGGAGGACAGCUCCCAGACGCCGUCCUCGCCCUCCUCCAACUCCGCCCUCAAAAUCCACAGUCCAGUGUUGACAGCCUCAAAAUUCGGCAACUCCUUCGGCAUAAGUGAAUUCAGCAAAUCAUCAUCGACCUCAGUCCUGAAGCCCUCGAGCCUCCUCCGGCCCUCCCAACUGACUCCACUAGCAACUAAUUCCCCCAGCACAUCCCUGACCCCCACCGACACGUCGAAUCCCUUCACUAAAGUAACAGACAGUGCAUUGUUCGAUGGAAACGGUGAGGAGGUUAAAAAAUCGAGUGAAGACACCCCAGAGACGAAUAACGAGACAAAAAAGCCAGAGGAGGCGCCAAAGUUCCUGCCCCUGGGGACGAGCUCCAAGGAGCAUCACGAGAACAGUGUAAAUAGUGCAGUGACAGCUAACUCGUCGGCCUCGAGCUUCGUUUUCGGUCAGAACCUCAAGGAGAGGGUGACUGUUGCUAAAGAGAAUGAUAACGACAAUGGGGAGAGUGAGGAGCAGGAGGAGACGAGCAAGGAGGAGAAGAGCAAUGAGAAUGGUUCCUCGGAGUUGCUGUUCUCCAGUGCUGCUGCUGUCUGUCGAAGCACUAGCAGACCUGGACUCACUCUGACGCAGGCUGCCCAGGAGAUGGAGGAGGCCAAUCGUGCUAAUAAGAGGAAGUACAGCCAGGUUACUCUUCUCACGGGCGAGGAGGGGGAGACCAAUGUUCUUCAGAUCAAUUGCAAACUUUUUGCUUUUGAUAAGGCAACUAGUGGUUGGCAAGAGCGAGGGAGAGGUACCCUCCGCCUGAACGACCGUGACGACGAGUCCCGACUCGUUGGACGUGCAACAGGCACCCAACGACUCAUAUUAAACACUAAAGUAUGGCCUGGAAUGACAGCUGAACUCGCAGGGCCGAAAUCACUGAGGCUAACUGCCAUGGAUGUUCACGGUGACAUUAGGAUUUUCAUUGUUCAAGCAGCACCUAAGGAAGUCGACCAGCUUCACAAUCUCCUAAUGCAACGACUCAAACGUGCGAAGGAACGUCAGCCAAAAAAAUUAGCCACUGAACACUGACAAUUGAUCACUAUUUUAAUUUGUUAAAUGAGUGAUAAAAACGUACCGAGACUCGUGUUGAGACCAUUAUUGACUGAUCAUGUUGGCGGAUAACUUAAAGUGGAUUUACUGGUGUGCGAUUCCAGUUUCUUUUACCUUUGCGAGUUUAUUCAGUGGGGAAGUGGUGGAAUUUAGGGGAGGGGGAAGGGCAAAAUGAAAUCUAAUAGGAAACAACGUUUGAAAACAGUUGAGGAAAUUUUUUUUUUGCUUUUUUAGAUGAGGUCAAGUAAUUGUGACCUUCAAGACCUUUUGACCCUCAACUAAAAACAAAAAAAGGGUUUCAAGUAGACGUUUUCCAGAUGUUUCAGUUUAUCACGAAAAAUGUUCUGUCUCCCUUAAAUUCUGAAAUGUUUAUUAAAAAUUUUGCGAUUGAUUCCAUUUGACGUAAGCUUUGAGCUUUGUUAAUUGUUAAUUUAUCUCGAGAACGAGUGAUUUUAGAGGAAAAUGUCAGAAACCUUUUUUUUGAGGAAUCAAAUUUCCGAUUAAAAGUGUCUUCUGACAUUUUGUCGUAAAACCAAAAGUUAGGGAGAUAUUCUUAUGUUUGAAAAUCGAAAAUCGACUCUUCUCCACUGAUUUAAACAACAACGCGAUGUUUUUUGUACAAUUUUUGAGUUUGAUUAUUAAAAAUUUAGGAUUUUCCAUUUCCUUUCGCCUCCGAUACACGAGAGUUUAAAAAAUCUAUUAAAAAACAAUAACUGAAACAAACACGUGACCGAAGUGGACGCAUCAAUUUGAUGAUUUGAGAUACGAACUUUUGAAGGAUUUAUGCGAGAGAACACACGUAGCAUAAUAAUAAAUUAUGUAUAGUUCUUACGGGUAAUGAAUGUUUUUUUUUAUUUUUUAUGAAAAUUUUAAUUUUCCCCCUUUAUUUCGUGAAAUGAGUCAGCAGAAAGGGAGUUCAUCGAUUUGAGGGGUUUGAGUCGAUGGAUCUAAUGAAUUGAAUCUAAAAAUCUGCUGAGGAACGAUAAAAUUGAAUAAAAGUUGAUAAAGCGAUUGAA